GACUUCCCACUACCCCCGGUCUGCGGCCGUCAACACCAACCGCCGGCGCGAGCUUGCGACUUCCCCUCCUCCCGCUACGUCGGCCUCCACCUCCGUACCUACUCCCCGGGUACCACCUCCCUCCUCUCUUUGACCGCGGCGCCGCCUCCGCCAUAGUCCCUCUCCCCGGCCGCCGCUUGCACUGGAUAAGCAGGGUCCGGCUCGUCGGGGCCCAAAUCCGGCCGGCGGAGCGCCGUUCUGGCCGGAUUGAUCCUUUUAGCUGACGCCGGGAGGACCAACCAAUCGACCUCCCGCGCGCCGUCCUGUGCCGGUGCCGGUGCCCUCGCAAGCAAGGCCGCGACCAGGGCUAGCCGUGGCCCUCGUCGUCUCCUGUGCCGGUGCGACUCGCAAGCAAGGCCGCGACCAGAAGCACGUCCGGCGGAGGCAUCUACUCCACUGGCGCGAAACGCUGAAACUUCAGCUGUAAUCGCUCUCCAGGCUUUCGACAUGGAAAAUGCCUGCACAAACCUCAACCAGGUGGCCCGCGCGGUGCGCCUGCUCAAGAUCGAUGGGUUCAGCCUGACCGCGGGCAUGGGCGGCGACUACUGCCUCAAGUCCAUAUGGACUGUCGAUGGGUAUGAGCUGGAGGUCCUUAUCUAUCCGGGCACCACAUGGGUGGCUCUGAAACUCGUCUUUCUCAGCGAAGCCCGCACACAGUGGGGCGUGAGGGCGAGCAUGGCCUGUCAGCUCGUAGAUCUCAGCAGGGAGCUUGAGCCGUAUCACGAGUAUGGCGUGUCAGAGACCUUCUAUCAUCCCCAAGACUUCGGGGCAUUGGUCUUCAUGGACAGAAAUAAGAUACCAUCUGGUUAUAUCAAGGAUGAUAUGUUGACCCUGCGAUGCGCAAUCACGGUACUCAAGGAAUUACCAGCACCAACCAUCCCAGCUGAAGAAGUGAUCACCCAACCUUCCACCAACUUGCACCAGCACCUUGGCGAACUCCUGCAGAGCGAGAUGGGAGCCGAUGUCACGUUUCUUGUGUCUUAUGAGUCGUUUGCUGCACACAAGUACAUACUUGCCGCAAGGUCUCCGGUUUUCAAGGCCCAGUUCUUCGGAGACAUGAAGGAGAAGUGCUCGGCACGCGUGGAGAUCAAGGAUAUGGAGGUGGCGGCGUUCAGGGCCAUGCUCCACUUUAUUUACACUGACACGGUGCCUGAGCUUGAUAGACCGCUCGAGGAGGUGACGACGUUGGCUCAACAUUUGCUUGUCGCCGCUGACAUGUAUGGACUUGAGAGGCUCAAGCUGAUUUGUGAAAUAAAGCUCUGUGGUGGCAUCACUGUCGACACCGCAGCGACCACUCUUGCUUUGGCGGAGCAGCACAAUUGCUCCAAGCUCAAGGCCAAAUGUGUCGAGUUUAUCGUCAGCACACCUGCUGUUCUUGAGGCUGUGUUGGCGACAGAUGGGUAUAAGCACCUCGAAGCAAGCUGCCCUUUGGUCCUGACUGAGCUUCUCAAGUCUGUCCAUGUUCACUUGGACAAGUCUUGACUGCUCGUGCUCGGAAGUCGAUGAUCUCCAAACUCCAGGAAUAUAAUUGAUGGUAUGGCAGCACAUGCAAGUUUUUUUAUUUGUAAAUGCUGAGAAAUUAUCGCAUGAAUGUUAUUUGUCAUGUGUAAGCAGCUCAUUACAGCUUGUACAGUAUUCUUCAGAAAUUGACAUAUGUGACACAUCGACUCUUAUUAGUUAUUACAAGAAGCUAGAA